AUCAAGCUUGCUGUCAGUGUCAUAAGUGUAGAACAAUAGACAGCCCUCAUUGUUUAUUUCUUUUUCACACCUAUCAAGAAUUGAUAAACCAUCAAGACAGCUUCAACCUCACUUUCGUCUCAAUCCCAACACGAUGCCUAUCUACCUGAGCAUGCAACGCGUGCGGUUUUCGAGCCCAGAUGCUUACGAGAAGUUCAAAGUCCUUUUUGCCGACACACGCCGCCAUCUCAUGACACUUCCGGGGUUUCUGCAUCUGACAUGGUGGGAACACCCUGACGACCGGAGCUGGUAUAAUGAGUGCAGCUUCUGGACCAGCCGCGGUGCUCUCUACGACUGGCACAAGAACACAUACCACAAGUACUGCAAAACUUGGGCGGCGAACGGCGCCAUAAUGGAGGACCUGAUCACGAACUUUGAACUUGUCGGAACUAGGCUGCUUCGUAUCUGUCCCGUGUGCAACCACACCCAGGACAAGAAAUACGACCUGGCUCGAGAACAGGAAGUGCUUCGGGAGCAGUGCCCGCAGUGUGAAUAUCAUUUUCCCGUCUUGGAGGAAACGCCGUCAAGCUUUGCUGUUUUCAAGGAUGCGGUCAUGCCACCUGCGGCCGAGACGGGAGAGAAAUCGGAAGCGUGACUGGGUCUAAGCCUCUAAGGUCAUCUGUAGCUAAUUUUUGCGAGGAUAGCCUUGACUCAUUUCGAAAUUUCGUAUUAGCGUUAACCAGCU